UAUAUUCUCCACUAACACCUCACUCCACAGCACUACAAAACCUCUUCACUCACUUCUCUUAUUCCAUCUCACUUUCUUCUUACCAGCAAGAAAUCAUGGGGAAGAAAAUAACCUAUGUUUCCUUUUCAAUGUUCACAGUGCUUGUUGCACUUCUUUCUCAAUACCUUGUGAUUCCUGUGAUCUCCACCACUGUUGAAGAUCCACAUUCAGUUUUCUCUGAUUCUCUAUGUCCACACAGGAGUACUUCUCCAUCUCAUGGAAGUUCAUCACCACCUUCACAUGGAAGUUCAUCACCACCAUCACAUGGUGGAGGGUAUUAUACACCAACACCACCUUCUACUGGAUGUGGAUAUUCACCACCACAUGAUCCUUCUACAUCAACACCAUCACAUAAUCAAACACCUUCAACACCAUCAAACCCUCCAUCAAGUGGUGGAUACUAUAACUCACCACCAUCAACUCCAACUGAUCCACCAGUCACUUUGACACCACCAUCUCCAUCCACACCAAUAGAUCCUGGCACUCCUACUGUCCCUACACCACCUUUCCUUCCUUCCCCAUCUCCAUUCCCUGGAACUUGCAACUACUGGAGGACUCAUCCAGGAAUAAUAUGGGGAAUUCUAGGUUGGUGGGGAAAUAUGGGAAAUGCAUUUGGUGUGACUAAUAUUCCAGGGUUUAGUCCUGGUUUAACCUUACCACAAGCACUUUCCAACACAAGAACUGAUGGUUUAGGAGCACUCUACAGAGAAGGAACUGCUUCAUUUCUUAACUCCUUGGUGAACAACAAGUUCCCUUACACAACUGACCAAGUUAAGGACAGGUUUGCAUCAUCACUUCACUCCAACAAGGCUGCUGCAACACAAGCUCACCUUUUCAAGAUGGCAAAUGAAGGAAAAAUGAAGCCUAGACCAUGAAAUUGAUCAUAGUCAUCAUGAUCCUAAUUAAUUAGUUUGUUUGAUUUUGGUGUGUCAAUUUAUUAAGAACAUUAUAUUAAGGUUUUUGUUAGUUUGUGGUAUUUUAAUUAAGACUCUUAUAUGAGUUGAUUUAUUAUGUUAAGUAUGAUGUUUCUUUACAAUUUAAUUAAUGAAAGCUUUAUGGUUUUAUUA